CCUGUAAAAUCAUACGAUCCCUCGAUUUUUGAAGAUAAGGAUUGAGUCUCUGACAUGACAUGUUCAUCACCAUGUGCAUUGCCACCAUAAACCCCUCUCUCUCUCUCCCCUUUGUUCAUUUACAGUCACAUUACAUCGGUUUCUGGCCUCUCGACUGAGAAAAUUUCGGAUAACCCAUGAGAGUAAAACAUGAGGCAGUCACCAUGGGCUUGCACAAUCUUCAUCCAGUUGUCUCUCUGCGUCGCCAUUUACGUGUCUCUGCAUCUGGGUCGCUCCUUGUUGUUCUCGGACGCUGACAAUGGCAGACAUCUCGAUCUUCACUUCAUCACUGUCUCCGGUGGCUCCAGGCCUCUCCACCAACAAAACCGUCUUCUCAAACUGAUGGGGAGCGUUGCGAGAUCUUACAACGCAAGGGUUGUGGUGAGCAUUAGCGAUAUUGGAGACAAAGAUCCGCUCUUUCGAAAUGCCACUCGUGUGUCCUCUUCUCUGAAACUGCCAUGGUACAUUACAGGAGAUUCGAGAGAAAACGAAUCUGGAUAUUUCACGAAACGCAUCAAACUGCCUAUCGGAGGAGCAUUAGAUAUAGUUUUCAUAGCAACUGGUUCAUCACAACAGCAUGGCCCGACCAAUACUGUGUCGGAUGGCUCAGGGAGCAGUCGGGUAAACGAGCUGACAAGGGCUCUGAAAGCAGCUAAUGCAGAUUGGCGCAUUGUUGUCGGAUCUGAUCCAUUGUUCGUGGAUAUGCAAGGUAAGGAACCCAAGGAAGUGGAGCAGGUUGAUGAAACGUUUCAUCAACUCUUGAUCGACAAUGGAGUGAACGUAUACCUGAGCGAUAAAGGCUGCAUCAACGGAACUAACCAAACCGGCAUAGCUUGCAUCGUCGUUCCUACCCCAACGGAGAAUAGACGCUCAUCGUCGAGUACUAAGAGAAAAAAGGAAGAUGGGUUUCUUCUGCACAGACUGAGCUUCUCAGAUCUUUUGACUUCUUUCAUCGGCUCAUCCGGAGUGGUCGUGGACACGAGAUCAGUUAAGCAGAAGGGCAAAGAGGCUAUGUAAAGCUUCUCUAUUAUGCAGACAGAUUUUUUGCAUUUUUUUAUAAUGUUGAAAGUUUAUAUGAACUUUUUGUCCGACUACAUCUCCUAAUAGAUCAUCUUUUCCAAGUAAAGAUUCGAACUCACCUUUGUUCUCUUUUUUACCGGUUGAGUCAACCAAUUUUGGGUUA